GCCUCCGACACCACGUGUCUCACUCUUCUAUAUAUAGAAAAACCACAUUAACGACUCGAAUCUAAGAAAGCAACUUCUUUCUGAAAGUUAAACUGCAAGUAACUGCAGCCGCCGGUAUACUCCAGCUACUCCGCCGUUCUCUGCAGAAGCUAGCAACAAAAUCUCGAUAAUGGCGUCGGAUCCACAGCAAUUCGAAGAAGGAAGCACCAACGACUACGGAUCAGAACUAAACACAAGCCCGACCGACGAGCUUGCGGCGGUCUCCGCCUUAGCAAGAAGCGCAGGGGAGUUGAUGAUAAUCCAAACGUUACACCGUUUCAUCGGGCCUGUUCUUAUACCAAUCCUUAAGCCUCUGAUUCGUGAAAUUGUAACAGAGCAGGUUGGAUUGGCUAAGUUGGAGCUUUUGGCUAGAAUGAAAGAGAACCCUGCAAACGAGGCAAGUACUUCAGUUCCCAAAAGAUUAAAGCUACUGUUCAGAAACAGGAUUUCCCUUCCAGUAUACACAGGAAAGCGUCUUUCAGGAGAGAAUGGAAGCACCAUUGAAAUAGUCUUGGUUGAUGCUCUCACUGAGCAGAUUGUGAAUACUGGGGUCGAAUCUACAGCAAAACUGGAAAUAGUUGGUUUUCGUGUAGGUGAUGAUGGUGAUGGUGAUGAUGAUGGUUGGACAUUUGAAGACUUUCAAGAAAGGAUUCUGAGUGAAAAGAAAGGGAAACGCAUCCUCCAAGGAGAUACUUGCUUGCAGCUAAAAGAAGGUGUUUGUUUCGUGAGUAAGAUUUCUUUUACUCAUAAUUCAGAAAACACCAAAAACGGUUUGUACAGACUAGGGGCAGGAAUUGUGGAUGCUGCGUUGAUGAACAGAGUGGAAGUAGCAAGGACAGAAGCCUUUCUAAUGAAGGAUGGGCGCACUACUUAUUAUGAAAAACACCCCGACCCACGUUUGUCAGAUAAGGUGUGUUGUUUAAAACACAUCAGCUAUAAGGGUCCACGCUAUAAACAACUGAGAGAUGAAGGAGUGUUCACUGUGAAGGAUAUGCUGACUCUUCUCUACACAGAUCCAAAACAGCUUCAAGAUAUUCUUAACCUUAGAGCUUCUUCUAACAUCUGGAAUGACAUUGUAAAAAAUGCUCAGGCGUCCAAUGGGAUGUUUUUGUACCUUGAUCCAAGUACACAAGGGAAAACUGGUGUAGUUCUUAAUGCCAAACUUCAAUUAAAGGGAUUAAUAGAAGAACCUCAUAAGUACGUACCAGUUGACCAGCUAACUGCCAAAAAAAAGGUGGACAAUAAAGAGUUAGUGGUGUUUGCAUCUAAACACUUUAAGAUGCUCCACUCUUUCGAAGAUGAAACUUGUCUUAAGGAACAUCUUAUUUUGUGCUCAUUAUCAUUACCAUCUCCCAACCAAAGUUUGGGGACUUCCAAUGUGAUUGAUGGACCACCAAGAAAUGGUCUCACAGACAAUUCUAAUAAGUCAAACUCACUAGUAGCCUCUGAAUAUGAACGGGGGAAAGGAAUAGUCCAUGUUGAUAAUGAGAUGACAUAUUCAGGGAACUACCAUGAAGAAGAUAUGUCAGCUUUAGAAAGUCCAAUCACUGAACAGCAUGCCCAUAAUCCUACAGAGCCAGGUACCUCUUUUCAGGAUGUUGAGUCACCAGUGCAUACGUGUGAGCAUAUGAACAAUUCAACUGUCCUUGGUCAGUGUAUGGACUGUUUGUUCAAUGACCCAAAUUUCCUUGAAAAUAUACACGACUUUCUAAACCAUGAUUCUUUGAAUUUCAAUUCCAACUCCGAUGUUAUGAUGGUGACUACUCAGACUGUUUCCAUCUGUACUAUUGAACGUGCCCGGACAAGAUGGACAAAAGUGUCCAAAUUGCUUAGGCGGAAUUCCGUAAGGGAAAGGAUUAUUAGUCUUACAGAAGGGAUUCAAGCUCUCAAAAAGCAGAGGUGUUGUUAAAAUGGUAUGUGAUCAUUAAUCACACAAUUCAAGAUUGUUUUUCCAUUGCUGCCUAAUGAAUCUCAUGUACAGUUGUACC